GUGCGGCUGAUUCACUUCGCAAACAUUUCCAGUCGUGUGUGUGUGUGUGUUUGUGUGUGUGAGACAGAGAGAGUGUUUAAUCAAAAGUUUGUCUUUUUCUUGAUGUAAAGUUCCUAGAAGCUGUCGGUGUGUUUUGUUUGGUUUAAUUCACUAAAAUCCCCACAUUAAAGUCAUCCAUCUGGUGGUUUAGCAAGCAGCACUCAUUAUGUCUGAUGGGGACUACGAUUACCUCAUCAAGUUCCUAGCUCUGGGGGAUUCUGGGGUGGGAAAAACCAGCUUUCUGUACCAGUACACGGACAGCAAGUUCAACUCCAAAUUCAUCACCACAGUGGGCAUCGACUUCAGAGAAAAGAGGGUGAUGUACAAGUCCAGCGGGCCUGAUGGUGCAGCGGGGCGGGGCCAAAGGAUACACAUCCAGCUGUGGGAUACGGCCGGCCAAGAGAGGUUCAGGAGUUUGACCACGGCCUUCUUCAGAGACGCCAUGGGUUUCCUGUUGCUAUUUGAUCUGACGAACGAGCAGAGCUUCCUCAACGUCAGGAACUGGAUGAGUCAGCUACAGAUGCAUGCAUACUGUGAGAACCCUGACAUUGUUCUGUGUGGGAACAAGUGUGAUCUGGAUGACCAGCGAUUCGUUAAAGAGGAGGAAGCUCGAGAGCUCGCCAGUAAAUACGGAAUCCCGUACUUUGAGACGAGUGCGGCGAACGGCGAGAACGUUGCCCAGGCCGUGGAGGUCCUGCUAGAUCUGAUCAUGAAGCGCAUGGAGAGGUGUGUGGACCGGUCUUGGAUCCCUGACGGCACCAUGCGCUCUAACGGGCACAGCGGGAGCGAGAUGGUCGAACCGCCGACGCAGGAGAAGAGCAAGUGUGCCUGCUAGUGGCUGAAGGGUGCCAUUGUCCCACAUUGUUUUCGAAACGUUCACUUAGAUUAGCACGUAAAACAGUGGCCGCUAGUGGCCGCAUGGCACCAUUACACCUUCUUACACGGUUAUUGAUGUCUGUCUGGAUUCAUCUUUAUGCUUUAUACAGUAAUCAGGCCUGAGGAUUUCCAAAACAAAUUAGAGAGUAAUAAAAACUAAUUGAACACAAAUUUAAUUGGAUAAAAUUUUAAUUGGAUUAAUUCAGACAAACAGAUACAACAAAUUCACACGCUGUGAAACGAGUAACACUCGAUAAAGUGGCCUAAGUGUGUCAGAUUAUUUCACACUGCUGGUCUCUCAGGUGAAGAGAGACAUUUUCCUUGACCUGUGCAUGCUAAUGGACUGUAGAUUGGAUAGAUUGGACUGGGAGGGGUUACACCGAGAAAAUCUGUGUCACUUUUUUAUCAGGUUGAUGAAGAUAACGAUAAAUACUUUUGAAAGAAAAUGCUUUAUUAAAACAUCGAUAAAGUUGUGGUUUCACACCAGAGCCAGCCUGGAUCCUGCCGUCAAAUUUAGAUAUUUAGUAAUGGAAGUCUGUCUCACAACACUUUAAACCUAAGCCACACCCACUUCUUCAGUGAUUUGAGAUCUCUUGUCUCAUUUUAUGUCACAUUGUUUGAGAGAACAUCUUAUAAACACCAGACACACCGAGCUGUUCGGCGUCAUCUAUACAAGUUAAUCAAACUUUAGCGGAGCUGAACAUUAGACCGUUAUAUAGGCGGCCAUCUUGGACAGCCACCAUGGAAUCUCUUUUUAUCUCAAGCUCAGAUUGGAAUCACCACGCCCCUUUAGGCUCCACCCCAGAGUGUUUAAAGACAUGUGCUUAUGGAAAGAUUUCCAUGAAAUAGACUUCUGUUAUUAGCCAAAGUGUGAUAAGAUUUUUUUUUCUGUCCUUAAACCUGUCUUGCUAAGCUGAAUUGUUUGCCAGCUCAGUUGGGUUGUAAAUUUGACUUUGUUCUUUAUUCAUUUGUUCUUCAACAUCGGCGUAAUACAGUGCAAUACGUGUGAUGUACAGUAGUUAUCUCAACGUCACAAACGAUAUAAUUUCCUUUUCAAUCAGAUACUCGUAGUCGUUCGGUCCAGGGAGCAUGAAAUGAUUUGAGAUGAGAGGGUUUUAUUGUGGGCUACUUUAAGUUUUUUUGGCACUUGUUUAGUUGUUCGUUUUGUUUGUUUUUAGUUGUAAUCAUCAUGUCCCUGCGCUAAUCGCAGAUUAAAUCAGGAGUUCGGAUCGAGAGAAAAGACAAGCGAGGAAGGUCGACUCGACUCGCUGUACAUUUCACUUUACCUCUGAAUGAAUGUAUGUACCGAUACGACCUAGCGUGUUUCGUUAGCUUUUAUAUACAUCUGUGUAAACAGAAGCAGAGAAAACAAGUGUGUUAACACCGACACUAUACUGCACUAAGAUUCACACCUAAAGUGCCUAACCUAAUGUAUAAUCUUUAACACUGUAUCCAUGCCAAACACUGUCACUAUGCCAAACUUUUUUUUCCCAGAAAAUACAAUAUAUUUUAUUAUUUAUUAAAAUGGCUUCACAAAGCA